CGCAGGGUUUUAUACGAGUUCUUCAGAGUUUUACUGACUGACUCCUUGCAGGCUUUAGAUAUUUAUUUUAAAGCUGGCGAUAGUCUUGUUUUAGCGUUUACACACUGCUUUCCCCCUAUCACUCCCCUUGAGUGUGUGAUAUCAGGGCGUUUUUAGUAGCGUGGAUCACUCGGGGACAAAGUUGGUGCAUGGAGGCAGGAGGAGGAGGAGGAGGAGGCGGGCGCUGAAGUCAAGUUCCAGUUUCCUCCGUCGUGGUUUUUGAUCGUCGCGCAACAUUUAACAAUAACAUUCACAAUAAUCUGCGAUCGUCCGGCUGUAUAAAAGCGCGACUCUCUAUAGGGGUGGGUGUUUGUUUGUUUGUUUGUUUUCUUUUUCUUUUUUCCACCCGUCAAGAGCACCCAUCAUUCCGUCGGAUAUGGAUAAUAAACGUCUUCUUCAGGACAGACCCCCGGCUUACAACAACGUCCCCGGGGCGUAUAACUACCAGCAGCCGCAGCCGGGGUACGGAGCGAUCCCGCAGCCCGCUCCCGCUCCCGCACCUGCAGCCUUUCCAUCACCGCCUCCGCCAUACCCAUACCCUGCUGCCCAAGGUUUUCCAGCAGCUACUGCUCAGGCUGCUGCCACAGGGACUCCGGCAAACUGUUCGAGCACAUACACCAUCAUUCAGCCCUCAGUGGUGGUGGUAGGAGGAUGUCCAGCCUGCAGAGUGGGCGUGCUGGAGGAGGACUUCACCUGUUUGGGAAUAUUGUGUGCCAUUUUCUUCUUCCCCCUGGGCAUCAUCUUCUGUCUGGCCCUGCGGCAGAGGAGGUGUCCUAACUGCGGAGCCACUUUUGGCUAGACGGACCAAACUACAACCGCGAUCCCAUUGACCAUCGCUCGGGUUCUUUUUCGCUCUUUUUUUUUUUCCCUUUUUAAAUCCACGUUUUGCAUAUCUACUCAGUUAAAAAGCUCAAAUCAUGCAUACUCUAAAAGCUUGUUUAUAAUAGCAAGUUGCCAUACAGUUUCUCAAAUAUUUUUCUUUUAAAAUAUUAGCAGCUUUAAUUUUGUAUUUCAAAAUUUUCUUUAUGCUUUUUUUCUUUUUCUUUUUCUCUUCAAAUCGUAUACACCAGACGUCACGUCAUCGACUCACUGGUGCCUUUUGAAAAGGCCGCGAUUUGCAAACGCAGAAGAACAGAGACCACAAAGAGACUUUGUUGUGAACAAGUUAUGAAAUGACAAUUCAGCAUUUGAACUCCUGAUUACAUCUCGAUCAUGGUUAGAAAUGAUAAAAUCGCUUUUUGGGUCGAUUUCUUUUCAUUUACACCCAAUUCCUCAUUGUAUUUGUAUGACACAAGCAUCUAUGCUGCCUGGCUUCUUGCUUUGUGUGUGGUUGGGAAAUCAUUGAUGCAUCUCAUCAGCCUCGUUCACUGAAAACCACCCAUCAAAUCACAGUCUGGAUUAAAUCAUGAUCCGGUUUUUAGACGACCAAACCACUUCCUCUCCAUUCUCCACAGCAGGCCUGUUUUUUAUUUUUUUUUUUAAGUACAUUUAUCAUUACCUUUAUGCCAAGCGCCUUCAUUCCCUCUAGCACAAUACACACUGUGUUGCUAGUAAACCUGAGCUGUUUAUAAUCACACUGAAAACGGCUCUUCCUGUUUUCCAGGUAAAAAAGUCUGUUGUCAUACAUUUCAGAAACCCAAAUUCUGAUUAUAGCACUUAGGAUUUGUUUCCAUUUUAUGCUAAAUUUUCAAACAGAGAUCGUUAUCUUGAUCAAAUGUGAAAGAGGAAAAAAAUACACCCUAAACAAUCUGUUAAUAUGACACAUGUCAUGGACACACACUAUGUUACUGAGCUCUGAGACAAAACCAUUUUCAUUUCCUCUGCUAAGGACAAUCAGAACAAAAUCAAUGUUCCCUUUGUAUUCGUCUCCACCUCCUCCCCCCCCACCCCACCCUCCAUUAAUUAAAAAAGAAAUGUCCAUGCUGCCAUUAUUUUAUCAUGUAAUUAAAUGUCAGGGGUAUUUGCUUUAGACCAGUGCAUGUAUGAUCAGUUCAGACUUUUUAUAUGAACAAUACUGUAAAUAAAACUUCUAGAUACUGCU